UCCCUGACAGCGUGCAUUGGUCUGUUUUUACCCCCGCUGACCCCAGGACAGAAAGAAACGCUCUGCAGAGAUGCCUAACAUCACAAAGUCGUUUUUUAAGGACAUCGACCUCCACUGUCCCUCCAACAAUUUUGACCACCGCACAAAAGAGAUCUCCAAGGACCAGCUGAUCGUGAGGCGAGGUCAGGCUUUUAAGAUCACCCUCACACUGACGGAGCCUUUCCUGAACAGUUCGGAGAACCCGCUCUUCAUCAAGGCAAUCACAGGGAUGUAUGCCAGUCAGGAGAUGGGGACGAUGUGCUACCUCUCUGUCCCAGACGGCGUGGAGCGUUCACCAGAGGCAAAGGCAGUUUGGUCGGUAGAGGUCUACCCAACAUCGUCCCUUAUGAAGGGCGAGCUGAUCUUGAGCUUCACCCCCCCGGCUAACGCCCCUGUAGGAGAGUACACCAUCAUGGGGGAAUAUAAAAAGGAGGAGAAGUUGCUGGCAAUGCCGAUGGUGCUCUUCAACCCCUGGUGCCCCGAGGACGCUGUGUACAUGGAAGAUGAGAAGCUCAGACAGGAAUAUGUGAUGAAUGAAAGUGGAAGAAUAUGGAGAGGAAGCGCUCUCUACAACAGGCCUAUGGACUGGGACUUUGGACAGUUUGAAGACAACAUGGUGACCAUUGGUCAGCAACUGCUGGACCUCAACCACAAGCACAAGGAAGAUCCUGCUCUGGAUGUUUCUCUUCGGUGGGAUCCAGCCUAUGUCGGCCGUGUGAUCAGUGCCAUGAUCAACAGCGAGGAUGACAAAGGUGUGCUGGAGGGAAAUUGGUCAGGUGAUUUUUCAGGUGGAGUCAAGCCCAGUCGCUGGUCCCGCAGUCAUGACAUCCUUAGCCAGUGGCUUGAAACCAACAACCGUCCCGUCAAAUACGGGCAGUGCUGGGUGUUUGCUGGAGUGAUGUGUUCAGUGAUGCGGUUCUUUGGAAUCCCCUGCCGUGUGGUCACCAACUUUUCCUCAGCUCACGACAACAAUGCCAAUCUGACCAUCGACAAGUUCUACGAUGAGGAAGGAAACCUGCUGUUACAAUCUGACAGUGUUUGGAACUUCCACGUGUGGACAGAAGGGUGGAUGAAGCGGCAUGACAAGGAAGAGUACGGCGGCUGGCAGGUUUUGGAUCCAACACCUCAGGAGCUGAGUGAUGGUGUUUACUGCUGCGGUCCAUCCCCAAAGCUGGCCAUCCUGAAGGGACACACAGAUGUAGACUACGACACCUCGUUUGUCUAUGCUGAAGUCAACGCUGACUGCAACGACUGGCUGGUCAAAGACGAUGGUACAUGCGAGAAGAUGGAGACUGACACCGACAGAGUUGGUCAGCGUAUCUCCACAAAAGCUGUGGGCAGUGAUGAAAGAGAGGACCUCACCCUCACCUACAAACCCCAAGAAGGAACAUAUAAAGAGAGAAUAAGCUUUGUAAGAGCCCUCAUCAGAAACUACAAAAUCCUUAAAAAGAUCAGAGAGGAGGAAAGGAGGACUGAAGAGGCGGAGAGGGGGACAACAGACUCUGUGGCAGGGGCGGGGGAACCAACGAGACCAUCAGCAAACACCCCACCUGACGUAGGAGGAUCAGCUGAAGUCGCCCCCACACCACCACCAUCACCACCACCACCCAAAGUGAACAUCUCAUUUGAAGAGGUGUCAAAGCCAAUAAACGGUAAGGAUGUCUGCCUGAAUCUGAAGCUUAACAGUGAAAGUACCAAAGAAAGACCACUGAUCAUCAAAUACAACGUUCAAGCCAUGAAUCACAACGGACAUCCAAACAAGAGCAUGCUCAAAGACAAGAAGGAGGAGACACUGCUGCCUGGGAAAGAUCUGACCAUCCCAAUCGUGGUCAAGUUCUCAGACUACUGUAAACCCAUGUUGGAGAGUGACGGCAUGAAGGUUUCUGUCAUCGUCAAGGACCAAAAGAACCCAGAUCACCCCUACCACGCUGACGAUGACGUGGUCCUGGAGGACCCUCCAAUCUCUGUCAUGAUUCCUGGUAAAACCAAAGUGGGAAAAUGUUCAGCGGCAGAGGUCAGUUUCAUGAACCCUGUGAAUGAGACACUGAAGGACUGCACACUUACCAUCUUUGGAACCGGUCUCUGGAAGGGAGAGUACAAAGUCCAACUUGACGACUUGAACCCAGGCUCACGGAUAAGUGUCAAGAUCCCUUUCACCCCCUACAAGACCGGAGAAAGGAAAGUGGUGGCUGACUUUGACUGCUCCGUCUUCAGAGACAUCAAAGGCAGCUGCACCGUCAAGGUUAUGGAGUAA